UGGGUAGUGUAGUCCAUGAUGCUUAGUGGGAAGUCUUCUAGGAUGCCGACGCCAUGAACCCGUGGUGCAUUGCUGCGUGACGUCAGAGCGGGCUAGCGUUUGAAUUCGGCGCCGCGGACAUGUUAUUAAACGGAUCUCCGCUUGUCCUGCCGCCUCCCGGGCCCGGGGAGCCCGAGUUACAGGACGAAUGGCGGCUCUACCAGCUGGACACCCGCAUCCGCACCUUCACCAACUGGCCGUUCACGGAGGGCUGCGCCUGUACCCCGGAGCAGAUGGCUGCCGCUGGCUUCAUCCAUUGUCCUACUGGGAACAGCCCAGACGUUGCUCAGUGUUUUUUCUGCCUAAAAGAGCUGGAAGGGUGGGAGCCGGAUGAUGACCCUAUGGAGGAGCACAAGAAGCAUGCCCCUAGCUGCCCAUUCAUCAGUCUGAAGAAAAAAGCAGAGGAGAUGACACUCAGCGAAUUCCUUAAGCUGGAUAAAGAGAGAGCCAAAAUAAAAAUGCAAAAGGUGAUGAACCAGCACAUUGAGAAGUUUCAGGUCUCAGCGAAGACUGUGAGAGAAUCCUUGGAGAAACUGGAUAAAGACGAAGCAUAAUUUUUUUCCUGGUCUUUUCUGUGAUAUUGGGCGUUUGCUCUGUUACUGUGUAUAUAUUGUUAAUAUUUUAUUUGGUUUUAUUGCAGUAAGUAAAAUUUACUGGAGCAGUGACUUAAAUUGUUCUUUUAAAAUGACCUCUUAAAUAAAGCAUUGCUUUUUUUAGACUGUU